UUUAGACUAACCGUGAUAUAUAAAGAUGGAAAAUAUAUUCCUUGGAAUAAUUCUUCUCAGCGCUCACGUUCUUACAAUUUCAAGGGCACAGAGCAAUUGUGUAGAAGGAGAUCCACAACCGGGUAAGUUCAUAUACAAAGUGAAGAGAACACCAAAGCACAGGAAACAAACCUUGACCUCUAUAAUAAUAUUUAUUUCCUUGACGUCAUAAGUCAGUUGUGGUUAUAAUUUUCAGUUGUGGUAUUCAGAUCUUCAAAGAGCUCAAACUAAAGAUUGACAGCUACAGUCUGCACGUAUACCACAGUCUUGCUUUCAUGCCAUGUUUGCUUCUAAUUAACCGAUUUUCAAUUUGCCACCGUCAAAAACGACCGGAGUCAACAAAUACGUAUUAUAACGCCACUUGCAACGUGAAAGCAUAUGCAAAAUAUAGCUGGUUGUAAAAUAUUGGUUUGGAAUAAAAAGUUCAUUGUUCUCAAACACGCUUGUUGGAAAAGCAGCGAAUGUAUACAUGGAACUUAACCUAAAGUCAACAAUUUUUCUCAAAUAUGCACUGCAACUAUGUGGGGGAGAAAAUUGCGAUUCACAAACUGAAUUAUCCAACUUGCAAACGAAAUUAUCUGAUACAGAAAAAGGAAAUGUUUGCCAUCACGUGAAACAUAGAUUUAAAGAAGCGUUUAUAUUGUAUUGGGCAGAGCAGUUUCAACCUGUCAAAAAUACUGGCAAGCUAAGAACUUUUAGAAAAAUAAAAAAACACUUUGAAUGUGAAAAAUACUUAAACGAAAUUAGUAAUUUCAAAUAUCGUCAAGCUGUUACAAAGUUAAGAAUAUCAGCACAUAAGCUAACUGUUGAAACUGGUAGAUACAACAAUGUACCAUACAAUGAUAGACUAUGCAGACUUUGUGAGUUAAAUGAAGUAGGAGAUGAACAUCACUUUUUAAUGUCUUGUACAAACAUGAAGUUCAUCGACCUCAGGACAAAAUUCAUUGAUAAUUUAUAUAAAAUAAAUAGGUUUUUCAACUUAUUUACUUCGGAAAACCUAUUUAUAUAUAUUAUGGCUAUGAAGGAUAAGUCAAUAAUGAAGUUAGUAGGCAAAUAUUGUUUCGACGUUUUGGCUGCUUUUGAUAGCCUGGUCUAAUUACUCACGUGUGCGUGUUUAUGCAUGUAUAUACAUUUAUCAACUUUUUUCAUAUAUAUUAAUAUCUAUGUUAUUGUUGUAGACCGUAACGACUUAUUUAGUUAUUUACCCAUGUAUUCUAUGUCCCAAUAUUGGGACUUUGUUUGAAUAAAUUAUUAUUAUUAUUAUUAUUAUUAUUAUUAUUAUGCACGAGUAAUUUUGAUUUCCGCUUCAUAUUUUUGGGUGGGUGCUGCUGAGCAGGCUAGGCAUGUAAAGAUAAUGGCAAAACAUGUUUACAAUUUAUAUAUAAGUAUACUGAAAAUUGUUCUUCACUUCCAGGCCAACCUGAACCAGAUGUAAACAUAACUGUAUCAUUGACAACUAUACCUUCGUUGGGUAAUCUUUCUAUCUCAUGCAAUGCAAUCAACGUCAGCACCCCUCUGCUACCAGUGAAGAUCACUAUCCGUGUCGGCCCAUUCGAAGUUGCGACAUGUGAUCCUCCACUAAUCUUUCCAGUUUUCGAAUGUUCUUUUGAUCUUCAAACCUACUUCCCUCUUUUAUCGCGGACAGUUAGUUGUACUGCAGAGGAUGCGGAGGGGCGAUGCCGUUUCAAGACUGCUACUAUUACGCUCUUAGAAGGUUUGUUAAUUAGUUCAUAUAAUUAUACAUGAACGUGUUUGUUUUAUAUCUGAUACAAAAUAUCUGAUACGAGCACGAACUCGAGACUUUAGAUUCAAUUUCCCAACCAAAUAUCAUUCAUUUAUUUCAAAUUGUUGAAGAAUACGAAUGUUUACUGCGUUUGUGAUGUUGUCUCUGAGUGUGCCCACACUGGGAUAAGCGAAAACGUUUGCUUAUUAAAUCGCGGUGGGAAUCAAACUCGUGACCUUUAGUUCGAUCAUAGUUAUCAACUAUGGUUCGAUUAACACUGCGGUCAAGGAACUUUUCGGCUUGUCCGGUGCGGACACAUUCAGAGACAAGUGACAACAUCACAAACAUAUUCCUCACCUGAGUGCAUAACACCUGCUGAAAAAAAGAAUUCAGAAACGAAUCUGUUCUCAUCAAGACGCUUCACAGUUCACAAGGAUUUACAAGUUACAACAUUCGCGCUCCUUAUGUUGUAACUAAUAAUACGUGGAAAGAAUAUAAAUAUAUAUAAGUCGGAAAUUAACAAAAAAACAGUCACAAAGGAAAGCGAAUGGCAUGAAUAGAAUCAAUGCAACAAUAUGUAAAUAAAAGUUAGAGACCUAUAUGACGUCUUCCUGAAGAACUCUGUUUAUAUUAUUUAUUCUAGUAUAUGUUCUAUUUUUUGGAAGCUUUUAGUUUUUCUUCAGUAUACAGUAUUUUAAAAUUUGCUUCCUCCGACCGGAGCCAGUGCCAUAAUGUUUCGGUAGCGCUUCUAUAUUUCGAAUUCAUAAAUUCCAGAGCGUGACGUCAUAAUUUUUUUCGUAUCAAUAUUAUGACGUCAUUUCGUUUAAAAUUUUGUUAAAACUCCAUAUCUUGUGUCCUGUUGAGUUGAUAAGACGUCUUCACGAUUGGAAAAUCAGAAAUUGUGAAUUAUUUCAAAUAAAUAAUAAUCAGUAUUAAGUGAUCAUAACAUUUUAUAAUUCACUUUUCACUGGCUACAUUUUUGUUCGUCCACAAACAAUUCGGAUAUGGACCACCUUCGCAUGACUUAUUUCUCAUGAUUUACGGUGUUUACUAAUAUUGUGAAUAGUGUAACGAGCUAUUUUAUUGUGCUAUUCUACCGUGCGCAGUUUACUGAUAUGAAUGUUUGCUUAAUUAAUAUAUUUCUAGAUCUACUAACAUCAACACCAGUAACAGCAGCGCCUACAACAGCAGGUAACUACUUGGAGAUUAAUAAAAAAAUUAACUCUCAGUCAGUCGUGAAGGACUGUUACAAUUCGAGUCUAGACUAGGGGGCUUGACUAUAGGGUGUUUGACUAAACAACUGAAAACUUACAUGGUGAAAUAUAUAAUAUGGUCGACGAGUUUUUGACGAACUGGGAAAUAUCGUAUAUUGUGGUGUUUGACUAAAUUAACAGUGAAAACUUAAAUGAAAUAUAUAUGGUCGACGAGUUUUUGACGAACUGGGAAAUAUCGUAUAUUGUAAGGAUAAAAAACCUUACUGUGAGAGCCCAUCUUGAGUGUUCUGUAACUUUUCACGAGCUUUUCGCUGCUCGCCUACAGACAAUUGAAAUACCCCCUCGUUAAGAUGUUAUGAUUAAGAGGGUCCUCAAUAGGUGUCUGGAUUCCCAUUUUCCAGGGCAGAUUUUUUUCAAAAUCCCGUUUCCUAGCCAGUUUUUGACCAAAUUGAAAACUUUUUUUCUCAAAUCUUUCAACUGAAUAUGCAUGGUAGACACGUUUUUGUUCAGAAAUAUUUUAUUGUAGGGUUAGUAAAAACUUUCCAACUGUAGUGAUCCACCUUAAUUAUAAGUGAAUUUGUAACUUUUCACUGGCUAAAUUUUUGCUAUAAACUUAUUUUCUUUCCACCAGAAUGAUAAAGAGCCUUCUCGCAUGACUAAUAGCAUGAUGUACGUUGUUACUCGUUGCAAUAGUAUAAAUGCAGCAGUAUGAAAUGAUGGAAGGCGUAAAGUUAACGAGCUAUUUUAUUGUGGCAGUGUACUAACUAUUUGCUUAAUAUCAUUUCUAGCACCACCAGUACCAAGCACAGAUGCGACAACACCACCUAUGCCACCAACACCAACAGGUAUGAGUACCUUUAGUGAAGAUUAAAUGGUUAUAAAAUAAAUUAACUCUUCAGCAAAUCUUUCUGAUCGCGUAUACAAUAUAGAAGUCCUGAGGUAUACUGUUACAAUUAUGGGGAUCCCGAAAAGGGUCCGGCUAGAUCCCAUUCCCUAUAGCCAACUUCUAUUCUAAAUUGUAAACUUGAAAGAUAUCUUCUCAUUCUAUAUUUCCUGAUAACAAUCGCUCCGAAUAUAUGUAUAAUUCCUAACUUGUUUGCGUCGCAAUGUCUGUUAGCUAUAUUAAUUAUUUUCCUUUUACCACUUGCAUCAUCAUCUUGUUUUACAUUAUCUGUACUUUCGUUCCACCAUAAUAAUCUGUCGAACAUUACUAAGUCUUUAAGUCUUUGUCUUUGUAAAUUUCCGAGUCUUUCCAUCCCCUUUUUCGCAUAGCGGCACUGGUAUUUUCAAAAUUUAAUUUUAAUUUUUAAUUUAUUAACUUCGCCAGAUAGUCUUAACAGUUAUUACAAAGUAAUAAUUUAACGAAUUAAGUAAAUAGACUAUAUUGCAGGGUAUUCGCCACAGCGAUUAGCCAAUUACUGCGAACCGAAGAACAAUACGUUAACAUCAAAUAGCAAAAAAAAGUAACAACUAACUUCAUGCAUUUCUACAACUAAGUAUUUAGCUAGCUAUACGGUAACUGAUCAUGAUAUGAUAAUAACAUGCACUAGCUGAAAAGAAAUUGAACAAAUCGAUGUAUGCUAACGACUAUAUAAGCAUAGCACGAGCAGUUGCUAUGUAGCUUCUGUAGCUGUGCUUAAAUUUUCAAUAACCGAGAAAGAUAUUGGAGAUGCUAAACUACGAACAGUUGCACUUCAAGCAUAAAGAUCUAAAUGUUCGCGGAUUUUCAAGAUUAUAAGUAGAUAAAAUAAUAAUUAAGUAAACAUGAUUAGACUGUCCGUACGAAGGUCUGUUGCAUCUAUUAGUGUGUAAGGUGUGUUCCAUAUUCUAGAAGUUCUAAUUUGCCGAAUAUCGUCAGCUAGUAAUUGUCAAUUCUUUAAUUAUAGAUGAUGGAAGCAGUACGACUCAAACACCAGGUAAUGCGUUAAUUCGUGCUGUGAUAGGAGUAGCAACCUAUGCUAUGGUACAAAUUAUUUCAGUAAUAUGUACUAUAAUAUAUCCUAUUCUUACUGCCAACAUGCACCCGUAAAAAUCAGCGAUUUAUAAUUUCUUAAAAACUAUUGUUUUGAAUUUAAGUUGUGACGACAGCAACAGUUAUACCGCCAAUACCAACGACAACACCAACACCCACUGAUAAAGGUAAGGUGUAGAUACAGUGAGUUAGCCGGGUGAUAAUUUCCACGAUCAGAAAGGACCAGUUAAAAUGAACUUACCGCAUGAAGAAACUAAAUUUUCACUUACAUUUUUGUUCUGACAAAAAUAAAUAAAUAACAAAUAAUAGUUCAUAGUUGUCAUGUAAUAUUGUUUCUCUCCAUAGAAACACAAAUUAAAAUGUUCGUUUGUAGGAUUACGAGCCCAGCAAUGGUGUAUUACAGCAAUUUCUCCGAAAAAUCUGAAAAUUUUAAUUAAAGAUUCUGUAACUUUAUAAGCAUAGAGAAAUGUUUUCUUUUGUGAACCAAAAGUGAAUUAUCGAUGAAAGCAGAUCACGGGUAGUUUGGCACGUGCCGUUUUUAUCCAUAUUUCACAAAAAAAUUCGGAAAUAUUUUCACUCUUAGCAAUUUUGCGUUCACUUACGUUGCUUGGAUACUGUUAAUAUUAUCUAAUAAAUUGGGACCUGUAUGCGUCCUAAUGCGAUAUUGCUGCUGCUAUAAUUGGUAUAUUUUGUGACAGAUUCUUCGGAGCAAAAAUGAAAAUUGUUUGCGCUUCGUUGUUUCGAAAACAUAUCCUAUACAUAGUUUUACUUUCUUUUCAUUCCCGUAUUCGCAUAAGACCGUGUUUCUGUUGCUGCUGACCCUUUUUCUCCUUUUACUAAUAGAUGACGACAGCGAUGAUGAUGAUGAUAGUGAUGACAGUGAUGAUGAUAGUGAUAGUGAGAGUGAUGAUGACUAGGACGUUAUCCAUCGACUGGAUAACUGCAAAGAGCCUAUAUAUAAGAAAGUUUUCCUUUUUUUAAUCCUGCAUGUCAUGUCGUUGUAGAUAUAUUUGGUAGCCUUAAAGGCAGACUAUAUUCUCACUGAGUAAUUGUGGAAAACAUACUGCAUACUUUCCUAAUCCUUCAAUCAUUGUUAUCAUUAUGAUUGAAUGUUAUUGGAAAUAAAUAAUAGAGAAUAAGUUAUGUGUGCAUCUCGCAAUUAUAGUUGUCGAAUGAUUGAAUGAAUGUAUACGCUGUCAAUUGUAAGACUUAUUUUCUAUUGAAUUAAUUAAAAAUCCAAUUUUUAUAUCCGAA